AUGCAGGCCGAGGGCAACAUGGGUAACUCGCAAGGAGAACUACCGCCUUACGAGUUCUUUGUUCGACCUCUGCACGGCAGCCGUACAACCAACCGUAUCCACCGCUUCUCCUCUGACCUAUCUCCCCGCAUCGGCAAUCACCCUCGAUCUACCUGCGUGGAAACUCCCCUCUUGACUACCGUCUUCCUCAGCCUGACUAUCCCUCCGAUACCAGUUCAUACAACCGCAACUCUGGCUUUCCGCGCACUUCGAGCAACGGGCCUAGCACUCGGCCUCGGAAUAACCGCCCUCGCCGCUUAUCAACACUCCAGGCAGGGCCAAAUGGCGUCCAGAAGUAGUCACCUCGACGCCACUCAGGGUCGCGAGGUCGUCUACUGCCACGCCUGCGAACACGAGUGGUACAAAGAUGACCGGCCAGAUACCCUAUCUUGUCCUGCCUGCCAUGGCGAUAUAACCGAAAUCAUUUCCCCCGGAAAUGAUCCUCGAAACAUCGACGACGACAACGAGUCAUUACCUGACUUCCUCCGCCACCAUCGUCAUCACGAUAUAGAUUCGGACCCCGAAGAAGAGGACAUUGAGCAACAUAUUGAACGUGGCCCUGGAGGUUUCUUCGGCCAAUCAACUAUCCACCACGCUCCUCGGCCCCCGGGUUAUGGGGCAAGGCCGCGCGCCCAACCCGACGAUAGCGAUGCGAUCAUGAACAGGUUUUCGGAGAUGUUGGGCGGUAUGGGCGCAGGCAUGAGAGGACCUCCUGGAAUGGUCGGUCGCUCUGGGCCUGAGACACUAUUCCGCCACGGUCCGGAAUCUCCGAAUGUCACAUACCAAACCUUCACCGGACCGGGUUACACUGGCGGAGUGAGCAGCUUCACCAUCACUACUGGUUCUGGGCCCGGAAGAGUUCAUCAUGCACGUGGACUGGGAGCCCCUGGAGGACCUGAUGCCGGCUUUCAAAGUAUCUUUAGUGAUAUACUCGGCGGUAUAGGCCCUCCUCCCAUGCAUCAUGAGGGGCAGCCGCAGCCUCCCGGCCAGGGUGGCAACGCCGAUCGACGUUCUGGCGACCUAGCGAAUGCACUGAACCAGCUUUUCGCCACACUCAUCAAUCCAAAUGCGGUCCAUGGCGAUGCCGUAUACUCUCAAGAGGCACUAGACCGUAUAAUCACGAACUUGAUGGAGGCGAAUCCCUCUUCAAAUGCCCCAGCCCCUGCCUCGGAAGCCGCCAUAACGAAGCUGCCUCGGAAGAAGCUCGAUGAGCAGAUGCUAGGUCCGGAGUUGAAGGGAGAAUGCACUAUCUGCAUUGAUGACAUGAGCGUGGGAGAUGAGGUCGUCGUGCUGCCCUGUAACCACUGGUUCCACGAGGAAUGUGUGACCUUGUGGUUGAAGGAACACAACUCAUGCCCCAUAUGCCGUGCGCCCAUCGAUGAGAUGCGUCACAGCUGCGAGGUGAUCGAGUUUCACGGGUUCCCAGGAGGAUCGGAACGGAUGGCCUACGCUUAA